UAUAAUUAACUGCUUUCCUUGUUAAUUUUAUUGCGGAAGUGAGUCAAUUUUAGACUAAACGUUUUUUUUUUAAAUAUUGUGCUCCACCUUAUCUCCAAAUUUUUUACCUUUCGUCAUUAAUACGAUUAAUCAAUAUUGCAACUAAAUCAAUGUUAUAUUUCUUUUACAGUAUGGGCUUUAUAGUUCCUUCCUAGGCUGUUUUAUUUACAUAGUAUUGGGUACAUGUAAAGACGUUCCAAUGGGACCCACCGCUAUAGCUUCCAUACUUACCUUUCAAAUUGUACAGGGGAGAAGUCCAGAGUAUGCAAUACUCCUCAGCUUUUUGUCAGGAAUAAUCGAACUACUUAUGGGUUUCUUCGGUUUAGGAUUUUUAGUGGACUUUGUGUCCGGACCAGUUUCGUCAGGAUUUACAUCAGCGGCAGCGUUAAUUAUUUUGACGUCACAAGUAAAGGACCUAUUAGGAAUUAAGGCUAGUGGAUCCACAUUCGUCCAAACUUGGACAAGUAUUAUUUCCAAUAUUCAUGGUUUAUCUGGAUGGGACACCUUUUUGGGUGCCGCAUCCAUUAUUGUUCUACUGUUAAUGAGACUAAUGACGAAAAUUAAGUUUGGACCGGAAGAAACAUCCGAUUCCGCUCCGAACAAAUUCCAAAAAUUUGCCAACGCCACCAUAUGGAUAAUUUCAACUUCUAGGAAUGCAAUCCUUGUAGUGGUCUGUGGUUUUAUAGGGUACUUCCUGUUCACAAGUUACGAAGAUGUCCCUGUCAAACUUAUAGGAGAUAUUCCUUCUGGUCUACCCGAAAUAAAAGUUCCUGCAUUUAGUAUGAAUUCCGGGAAUACUACAACUUCUUUUCUUGACAUGUUAGCAACAUUAGGAUCUGGGGUAAUUUUGGUUCCUUUGUUGGCACUGUUAGAAGAUAUUGCAAUCUGUAAAGCGUUUGCAAAUGGUAAAUCAAUUGAUGCAACCCAGGAACUUCUUUCAAUUGGGGUCUCGAAUGUGGCUACAUCUUUCUUCCAAGGAUUUCCAAUUACUGGUGCCUUGUCCAGGAGUGCUGUUCUAAACAGCAGUGGCGCAAGGACACCCUUCAACGGUUUUUACACUGGCGUCCUGGUUAUAGCGGCACUUCUAUUUUUCACCCCUUAUUUCUUCUACAUACCAAAGGCCAGCUUAGCUGCUAUUAUCAUAGCUGCAGUCAUCUUCAUGGUGGAAGUUAAAGUUGUUAGACCAAUGUGGAGAUGCAAAAAAAGUGAUUUCUUCCUUGCGCUGGCAACGUUCGUAGCUUGUUUAGUGUUGGCUUUGGAGGUUGGAAUUUUGGUAGGCAUUGGCAUGAAUCUGCUCUUCAUUCUGUAUUACGCCGCGAGACCCAAGAUAACUAUCGAAAAACUUGUGAGUUCCAAUGGAAUCGAGUAUUUGAUGUUGACACCUGAUCGAUGCCUGAUCUUUCCGUCGGUGGAUUACGUAAGGAAUUUGGUAACCAAGCAUUCGGUGCGUCAAGAAAUACCCGUCGUCAUAGACUGUUCUCAUAUUUAUGGGGCUGAUUAUACGGCCGCUACUGUCUAA